AUGGAUAUCGUACGCUAUUUCUCGCGAUUGGGGUUAUCGAGGCGGUGCUUGGUGAGGAGGGCUUUGCCGGUUGUCCCGCGCCAUGUGCGCUUCAAUACGACCGGGGGCUCGGUCCCUAGUAUUGUGCUUCGCGACUACCAAGAGGAGAGCAUUCAAUCUGUCUUGAAAUAUAUGGAUGAUGGGCAUCGACGCCUGGGAAUAUCGCUUGCAACAGGAUCUGGAAAGACGGUCAUUUUCACACAACUUAUCAGCCGAAUCCCUCCUCUCGAUGCGAAAGCCACCAAGACUAUGAUUAUUGUUCACCGGCGAGAACUCGUCGAGCAAGCCGCGAAGCACUGCCGCCUUGCCUAUCCAGAUAAAACCGUCGAGAUCGAAAUGGGCACAAAUGUUGCGACAGGAGCAGGAGAUAUCAUCAUCGCAUCAGUUCAAACACUCGCACGGGGCCGCAUCCACAAGUUCGACCCGAGUGCAUUCAAGCUCAUACUUGUAGAUGAGGCACAUCAUAUUGUUGCCAAGUCAUACCGCGAGGCGCUGGGACAUUUCGGGCUGAACGAGGCGUCUGCGAAUGGACCGGUCUUGGUGGGUGUUUCGGCUACAUUUUCACGAUUUGAUGGGCUGAAAUUGGGAGCUGCUAUUGAUCAUAUUGUCUAUCAUAAAGACUAUGUGGAUAUGAUUGGCGAGAAUUGGUUGGCGAAUGCGGUCUUCACGACUGUCAAGUCUGGGGCGAAUUUGUCCAAAGUCAAGAAAGAUAGUUUUGGGGACUUUGCCUUGGGAUCGCUCUCGGAGGCGGUUAAUACUACGACUACGAACGAUAUUACUGUUCGUGCUUGGAUGGCGAAUGCCGAGCAUAGAAAGUCGACGCUAGUGUUCUGUGUUGAUGUCGAGCAUGCGCGGCAGCUUACUGCGGCUUUUCGAGACCAUGGUGUCGAUGCUAGGUAUAUUACUGCUAGCACGGCAAAAGGUGCUCGUGCAGAGGAGCUGCGAGCCUUCAAGAAUCAAGAAUUCCCGGUGUUGCUGAACUGUGGUCUUUUCACAGAAGGCACAGAUAUCCCUAAUAUCGACUGCGUGCUCCUGGCCCGACCCACCAGGUCUCGAAACCUGCUUGUCCAAAUGAUCGGACGUGGUCUUCGGCUGUUCCCUGGGAAGAAGGACUGCCAUGUGAUUGACAUGGUUGCCUCGCUAGCAACUGGAGUUUUGUCAACACCGACAUUGUUCGGCUUAGACCCGGACGAGGUCUUGGAAAAUGCCAGCGUGGAAGAUAUGCAGAAGAACCGUGAGCAGAAAGACCAAUCGGAAUCCAGUUCCGAUGUUGGCGAACCAUAUGAUGGGUCAGAUAAUGAUCUGCAACUCCAAUUCACCACCUACGACAGUAUAUACGACCUCCUCGGAGACAUGCAAUCCGAACGACAUAUCAGAUCGUUCAGUCCGCACAGCUGGGUCCGGAUCGGCGAUGACAAAUAUAUACUCAACGAGACAUCCGGUUGGAUAACGAUUGAGAAACAAGGCGACACAUUCACAGCUCAUCAUGUCAUGAAGUUCAAAAGUUUGACCACUGAGGCGCCGCAAUUUACACGGCCGCGGCAGGUUGCCACUGCCGAGGAUUUGGAGACCAUCGUUCGGGCAGCGGAUACCUAUGCCAGUAGCAAGUUUGAUGAACAUUACAUUGCAUCUUGGAAACCUUGGCGACGAGCGGCUGCAACACCGGGACAAAUCAAGAUGCUCAACGGAGCUCGUAUUCGGGAAGGCAGAGUUAAGCCUGAGGAGUUGACUCGUGGCCAAGCGGCUGAUAUGAUUACCAAACUCAAGCAUGGGGGCAAGAAGCGCUUCAAGGACUUGGAAGUUCAGAAGCGGAAGAAGUUACGGCAAGUGGGUGAUAUGGCCGAGUUGCAGAGACGAGUAGAUGUGAAAGUUGGGCCUGUCGAUGCUUGA